CGACAACGACUAGCCAACAAUGUCUCGUUCGUUUUAUGUCGAUUCGUUAAUUCUCAAACAGCCAACUACUUUAUCUAGUCGGCCGGCCACCCCUAAUCUGGGUUUGUCGCAAGCUAUGGCUAGCCUUCAAUGUGCAGCAAGAGGCCAUCAGCAAGGAUUAAGCGGAAUGUGCUGCACGUCCUGUUCAGCAAUUCAAUUCAACCCUCUAGCUUCACAGUUUCCUGGAGCUUUGGUCAGACAUACAAACCGUCCUAGAAAUGGUUUUUUUUCUCCUCCUAAAAAACUAGCUCCUUCCGUGUCACCUCCGUCCUCUGUACACGGACCUGCUGAUGAUCUUCCAAGCUCUAAGAGAAUGAGAACAGCAUUUACAUCGACUCAAUUACUCGAACUCGAGAGAGAAUUUUCUUCGAAUAUGUACCUAUCUCGUUUGCGAAGAAUAGAAAUUGCAACAUAUCUAAAUUUAAGUGAAAAACAAGUGAAAAUAUGGUUCCAAAAUAGAAGAGUAAAGUAUAAGAAAGAAGAAGUUGGAAAUGAGAAGAAUAAAUGCCGAUGCUGCUUAUUAAGGACUUGUAGUUCAAAGAAGAAGGAAGACGGUGAAAUGAGAGCAGCCGAUAGUUCAUCAAUUAUUGAAAAAAGUUCCGAAGAAGAGGAUGAUAUAGCAUCGUCGAUGGAAUUAUCUGUUGACUAAAAAAUGAGGAAUAGUCAAUAAAUGACUUUUCAUAAUGUGCCGUCUUCUGUAUUUUAUUAUAAUGUAUAGAAAAUUAUUUUGCUAUCCUCUAUCUCUCUGUUUCCACUCAUUUCCCAUUUUACACUCUUGCGUGUAUAUGUGUAUAAACAGCGUCAAUAGUGUAUAUAUUUUUACUUCUAUGCAUGUAUACGGAACAUACUUUAUGUAUUAUUUAUGCAUCUAAUAUUCAAUAUAAAUAUUUAUACUAUGACAGACUUUUCUACAAUUUAUUACUUUUUGCAUAUUAAGCCAACUUUCAAGGAAAGAAUACAUUAUGAUGCUG